GAAAUAAGAAUCCAUUUAAUAUCAUAAAGAUGACAAAAGAUGACUUUCUUUCAACAAAAAAAUUGAAAAAUAACAUCAGCAAUAAGAAGGUAACUGCUGAAAAGUCCAAGAAAUGAAAUUCAUCCAUUGACUAUUUUCUUAAAUAUUUGUAUUUAUAAUGAAGUUUUAUUUGACAAUGUUGAUAGGAAAAUGAACUCUACACAUUUACCUGGUAUUAAGCUUAAGCUUUUAUAGCCUGAUGGUAAACUUAUAAGUUCUGAAAAAAAAAAGGACCUAUUAGACCUUUUGCCAUUUAUACCGCCUGUGUAUCACAGCUUUUAUAUCAGUAUCAAGGAUAAUGUGUCAGUAAGAAAAUGUUGGGGAUGACAUUAAUAGUGAUUAUGCAAGUAAGUUCUCUGUUAAUGUUAAGUGUACUGUAUUGUAAUGUUAAUUGUAUUUUUGAUGCUAAACAAUAAUAAUAUACAAUUUGGCCUAACAUCCUAUUUUAUUUAUAAAAUCCGAAUGCUAUAGUGGCCUGUCUACAAAAAAUAUAGAAAAUUAGCAAUAAGCCAUUUUAUAUCUGUUAAAAUCCUAAACUGGGAAAUGAUAAGUUAUAUAAAACAAAAAUAAUAAUUCAUUUUUGUACAAAGUGCCAGUUGAUAAAAAAUCUGUUGUUUUUAUUUUCUAUGAUACUCAAAAGGCUUUUCUAACGAAUUAGGCCACUAUGGUUCUCAUGGUCUGAGUUAUUUUCUGCUUAUUGCUAGACACCUAUUUACUUUUUAUGUGGUUAUAAUUCUGUUACAGUAUUUAUGAAUCUAAAGUACAUGCAAUGAUCAGUGCAAUAAAUUAACAUAGCUGUUUAUAUACCAGCAUCAAAGUUUAAAAUAAAAAUGUAAUUUUUAUAUUUUAUAAAAUGUCAAUUAAUUUUAUUAAAAAUGUUUGUUUAAGUAUUAGUAAGCAAGUUUUCAUUACCACGUUUUUAUUUUUUAUUAACUCUCUUUCGUGAAUGUCUCCAUGGAUUCAGUUUAGUAAUUGAUUUAAAACUAACUUACCGAUAAGUUAGACCUGAAAUUUUGAACAUAACUCAGAUUCGAUCAUUUAGUCUGUUUCAAAAAUGUGAUGUAUUAAAUUUUUAUAAUAUAAUUUAUAAUUACGAUUUUUGUCACUUGGUGAAACUUCAGCUUCAGUUUUGUACUUUGGAUAAACACUAACAUUGGUCUUGGUUUGUGACGCUGUAUGGCAGGCGUGGCAGGCGUGGGUGGCGCGGCAGGUGUGGCAGGCGUGGCGGGGCGCAUCCCGUCGCCGCGCGAGCUGGCGGCGCACACGCAGAGCAUCAUGCAGGGCGCGCUCAUCAAGAAGAAGCUGGAGGAGCAGCGCGAGAACUUCCGGCGGCGCCACGAGCUGCAGCCCAAGCACGCGCAGCCUCCCCCGCCCCCGCCCGCGCACCACCCGCACCACACGCAGCACACGCCCCUCUCCUUCACGCCCACCUCGCAGUACAGCGGUGCGGGAGGUACCCGUGGCAGUGGCAGCAUCCUGCAACAGAUGCUCAUGCACUCGAACCACCACUUGCUCAAUGAUUACCCCUCGCAAAAAAUAACCGACAGUUCUUCAUCGGAGAAUAACGCUAUGGCUACUCCCGUCCGGUCCGUCGGUGGCCCGUGUUGUUCUAUUAUUGGAACAAGCAAAUAGCAAUCGACCGACAAACAACCGACAAAUGAAGGUGAAACAAAAUUAGCCUCGUUUGUUGCUGAACAUAAUCUACCAUUCACUGUCAUGGAGCAUCUACUGAAACUGAUUCAGUCCGUUUGUCCAGAUACCGAGAUUGCGAAUGAUAUAAAAUCUUCACAAGGCUCACGCUAUAAUUGAUUGUAUAACUGUAAACAAAACUUUGAAGAUUUAUGUAGAGACAGAAAGUGAUUAAAACAUAGUGAUUAAAAACAAUAUUAAAAUUAUAAUUAGAAAAAGUAUUAGUGACAAACCUAAGUGAAAGGUGCAAUAGUGUAAUUUUACAACAUGUUUACAAACCCUGAUGGUCCGAGAACUCAUGACUCAUUUUGCAUGAAGUGUUUGAUGCAUCAUGAAACUUUAUCGAAAAGUAUUAGUUCACUCAAUAAACAGGUAUUUGACAGUUUGCCUGGCCUGCCUGCGUACACCUGGUUACUGCGCAUACAGGUAAGUCGCUAAAAAUCGCUCAAAAAAAAAGUGUUUGAUUUGAAUAAUAAUAAUGACUAUCCGUCAGCUAAGUUGAUAAAGAAUUAAGAAAAAAAAUGGCAGACAUUUCUGAAGGGGUUGACAUAGGGGCAAACUACCCCAAAGUUGUAUUUUCAAAAAUCCCAAAAGAAGUGUUUGAUUUAAUUUGCCAUUUUACAGCGUGUUUAUUAUAUAUAAUAAAAAAUUCUCACAAAAGGGUAGACAGCUUUUCCGGGGGUUAAUAAUUUAAAAAUAUUUAAAUAAAUCUUGCAUGGACAGGAGACUAAAUGUACUACGGGUUGUAAUGAGUGCGACAGAGAGCGACGGUCGCCGAUCUGCCGAUAUGUCAAGAUCCUUUUUCUCAGGAACGCGUGGAGGUAUCAAGCUGAAAUUCAUAUCAAACACUCAAGUCUUCUGGAGCUGUGAAAAAAUCAAACUUCUAAGCCAACACAAUCAAAAGAUACAGCCGUUCGCAAGGGAAUCAAAACCUACAGGGUACUUCCCGUGAACUCAGAAUCUUAAAAUUUGGUACGAAACAACGUAUUAUAGCACAGAUAAAGGAAAAAUUGCGAAAAGCAUAAAUGUUUAGUUACAUCAUAUGAUAAAAAUAUUUUUAAACUCAUAUACCUACGGAUUUGUUCGGAACCCUCGGUGCGCGAGUCCGACUCGCACUUGGUCGGGUUUUUUUUAAACUAACGAAUUUUUUAUGGAUGUAAUAACUAUCUAAACUUUAGUGUAAAUUUAAAAAUACUUAAAAUUAUAAUUUUAAUGUUUUUCAUUUUACUUGUAUUCAUAUAUCCAAUAAUAACAUAUUAUACAAGUUAUGUUAAAAUUAGGUGAUCAUAAUACGACGUAAUCGCAAACGUUUAUAUAUGUAUGUUGUUUAGAAUUUAAAACAUGGUGUCACAAAUCGCUUGCACUGCUGGGAUUGCAAUUUGUAUUUUGAUGUCUGUUGUUGUGAUAAAACGAUUACGUUACUUUACAUUGAAUUAUUUGUUCUUUACAUCUUAAUGUGUAACAAUAAAUUUUCAGUUUUAUAUUGAUUGCACUUUCAAAUCAUUAGCUUUUAACAUUUAAAUUCAUUAGAGUUUUAAUAUCUAACUUAUAUUUAUGUGUUUCAUGAAAAUAAUUACUUUGUAUCUUUCAAAUUGAAACAUAUACAAAUAAUUUACUUAAAUUUUGUUCUGCUGAUGUUGUGAGCCUAAUUUCCUUUUUUAGGACAAGGGUAACAAGCGAGCACACAGUCCACUUGAUGGUAAGUGAUUGCUGUGGCCCCUUACACAUACAACAAUCCUCGUUUGCGAAUCAAAAUACAGAUGCGUUGUCAGCCAUGAGUACUAAGAUGUAAUGCCCUCAUUUCCAGUUAAAAAGGUCUGCUGUUCUCUACACUCACCAUACGAAACACAGCGCCAUUAAGCUAUGCUAUUUUACGGUGGUAUUCUGUGAGAGCGUGGCCCUGCCCCGGUCGAGCCGACCCAUUUGUGCUACAACUAUACAAUUAAUAUAGCUGCAGCAUGGCCCUACCUCGUUUAAUAUGCCUAAAUACUUUAUGAGACUUUACGAUAUGAAUGUGUAAAAGACGUAGUUUAAUUAAUGGCUAAGUUACGGAAUACGUACAUUUAAUUUAAAAAUUGAUUGUUGUAUAAAUAUAAUGUAUAGGUGUGAGUGACAUCGGUAAAAAAAAAUGUCGAAGGUUAACAUAUUCACUUGCAAAUUGCAAUUGGCCUAAUCAGCUGAGAGUUUGGAAGACCUAAUAACCGAUUAAUUUAUUAAGGUUGUUCGGAUGUGACUAAAUGCUAAUUGAGUUUUAUGUAGUAGGGACAUGAGAAUUUACUAAGAGUUGUACAAGGAACAUGUAUGUGAAAGUAAUGGUACAAUUAAAUAAUGAAUUAUAUGAGCUGAAAUAAUAUAAAUGUAAAGAAGGGAAUGAAAUGGUAAAUUAUUAGGAGACAAUAUUUUUAUAAUUUUAUAUAAAAAACCAAUGUACUUAUUCAUUUUUUUUGUCGGUGGGAGGUGAACUGUUUCGUGUAGCUCCCACCACAAUUUAUACAUUAGAGUUAACAAGUUGACGCCGCACUGCUGCGAGUGCCACUUCCCGGCUUCCAGCGGAUUCCACAAUCUUCACGCCGCUUCCCGCGGAUUCCACAGACUGCGCCAACAGUAGCUAGGGGAAUUCUCGAGAAUUUCACGGAAGACGCGCGACUUUUUUUGGCUCAUAUCUAGUUUGAACUUUAUGCAAUUAACAUAAAACUCAUUUUACUAUGUACAAUUUCGUUACAAAAAUUCGCUUCCGUUCCGUUCCGCGGUAGUGUCAAUUGGGCCUAACAUAAUAUAGCUGAAGCAUGGCUCUACCACGUUGGAGCGUGGCUCAUCACGAGAUCUCAAAAAUUACACGCCCGAUUGACAUAAAAUUUGGCAUAUAUACUCCUUUCUCGUAUAAUAUUCCUUUUUUCCUUCUAUAAAUAUAAUAUGAUAUUAGUGGAUUAAUUUGAUAUUAUUUGAGCAAACGAAAACUGAUUCAUUCAUGAUGAUUGAAGGACCAGCACUGGCAUCAUAUCAGAUACGGUUGCUGAGCGAUUUUGGUUCUUAUUUAGGGACGAUUGAAGCGAAUUUUCAGACUUUUCGGACAGGCGGCGCGCAACAAUGGGCCGCUUAAAUAUUUACUAAAUGAAAUACAUAACUCAUGUAAGCUUUAAAUUAUGGAUUAAAGAAAAAAUUGAAAGUUG